CCGAAGGCCAAAUUAAUGCUGAGCCCACCACAUUACUUGCUUCGCAUUGUCUACCAUCCAGACCACACAUGCUCUUCACUGUCUGCCCCUGACCCGGGCUGGACAGUUUCAUCGUUUUCCCCCAUGAAUGAAUUUGGCUGUUAAACCGACCUCGCCUCCGAAGCUCUGGCCACCAGUGACAGCACCCAAUCCCAACAGGACAGAGACCGCAGAAAGUCACCUCAAAGGCAUUCCAGCCCGAGACACAGCUGCAGAGAUGACCGACCAUGAACCCCCCAAAGUUGUUGCUCUUACACCAGCAUUGGCGAAGCAAUUCUACCCAACCCUGCUGCUCUUUGUCUGCCUCGCAGCCGUCCAUCCAUACAGGAGAAGUGCGCAAGACCCCGUUCUUGAUCUCACGACCGGCCUCGAGCCGCUUUUUCGCGACUUUGUCUCCAAACUAGCUUUCCUUUGUUGUACUGAGCCUGGCGGUUCCGCGGUCGCAGCUUGCGCGAUCCUGCAGCUUCCGGAAGGCGUUCAGUAUGUUUUCGGCUUCAAUAAUCGGACUAGUAGCGAACUGAAGCACAAACGAUGCGAAAUAACCCGUAUUCUGCACAUGCUCCAUUUUCCCCUGCCAGCAACAGACUCGGAGAAAGCAGCACUUCACCGACAAAUUCUUACCGCAGCGCUUGCAUUUUCUGAAAUUCGUAUCAAGGCGUAUUUACGAUCUCUUGGGACUCAACUUCAGGUCUGUGUGCGGGCUUGUGAGCAAGAAGACACCACUGAAGGUAGUUUGUCCAAACCAGAGGCCUUUAUGACUAUCCUUCAAAGUCUAGAGCCAUGCUUUGAACAGAGUCCUGAGACCCUGAAGGAAUCGGUGAGCAUCCAUGCUGUGCUCAAUUUGAUUGAAUCGAUAGACCAGCUUUUCAAGUCCAAUACUUUCGUUCUUGUGGGACCCCGUUUAGCUCGAGAAGAGAAUUUAAUGUCAGCGAGACAUUGGUCAGACUGCAUUCACGUUGCCGGACGCUUGCUCUCUUACAGACGAGCGGUUGACGUGAUGCUCUUGGUGGCCAGCACUUGGCCGCAACUCUUCGAUAAGUUUCAGAUUUGCAUGAUACCAUCAAGCUCGGGUAUCUCGAACGCACUCCGAGGCCAACCGUUGACUGCUGAGCGAAUCGUGGGGAAAAUGACCGGUGACCAAGAGCUCAUCGGUCGUUUGAGCGAACAACUCCAGCAACUUUCCGCCCAUGACCUUGACGGCGAUAUCAGGCAGAUUUGGUCUCAAGCAUCCAAGCCGAUUGUGCACGCCGAAGUCCUCGUCCACCACUGGCUAGAAAACACACAAGGAGGAAUCCGACCGGAACGCUUCUUCAACCGCUGGAAAUUUAUUGGAUCCAGUAAACCACCCUGCAAGCUUUGUUCUUAUUUCUUCGACGAGUACCCGACGGAUGUUCAGGUUCGCCCGUCCCACCAGAAUGUUUAUUUCCCAUGGCGAAUGCCAGACAUAUACGAACAUCAGGGGCACGAUGCCGCGAUUACACGAAUGAGGGUGAUGGGCAGGAUCAAGACCCGCAUUUGCGCAGACAUAGCACGAAUAUUAUCCGAGAGGCUAUCAGAUGGGCGACCUCACGACUCUAGUACCUACACAGCACUUGCGCCCUGUAGAAUGCCAGGCAUAGAUGGUGGACCCCCGGCUGAAACAGCGACAGGUUUAUCCUUGAGUUUAUUGAGGAUCUUAGACCGGGAAGUUGUGACUGUAGUUCACCAACGGUCAGCUGAUGCGACAAAUGAAGCACUCGAGGAAGAGGACGAAGUGUUGCUUUUUCAAGGGAGGUCGUCUAUAACGGGUCCUAAAAAUAACAGACAAUAA